GUACGCAGCAAAACAAAACCAGGGACAGUCGACUUUAUAUAAAAAGAACGAAGAGAAAUUCAUAUUACUUUAUAAGUGAUUGUGGUUAGCUAACAUUAAGCCACUUUGUUUGUGAAGCUGCAUUUGUACUUUCAUGCAUGAUAUUAAUCGGUUGUUUAGAUGAGACAUUCAAUAUUAUAAUGUCUUCUAAUGAUAUACAAUUGCCACUGUUUUUGUCUUGCAAUUCCUGGUCACUGACAUGCAUACAGAAUUUAUUCUCACAUUAUAUGAAAAUUUUCCUGUGACGGAGGAGCUACACAAGUGUAUCUUAUGAAGACAUGUACGAGAAUGACGAAAAUUGAUUGAAAACAAGUAACUGCGCAUGCGCGAGGUAAAUACACAUUUCGCCCUCUCAUAAGAACCUUCUUUUUAAUGUAAAACAAUCAUGCAUUGAAUUUCCUCGGUUGUUAAGCGGACGGCUCCAUUAUAGAUAUACAUAGUUCGAAAAGAACACUUUUAAUAAUAAGUUAUAAGUGUGCAUAUAUACUCACACAAUAGUAUAUGAUAGUCCAUUAUGUAAAAUUACGAUAUUAAUACUAAAAUUUACUCUAGAGGGAAACAUCAAUCGAUAAAAAAAGAGGAGGGAUAAGCGUGGGUCGUCGGCGUCUUUACAUUCACUCGUGUCCCCAACUUCAUACAAAUAUGAUUCGAAUAGGAGAUCAGUAUUUCAACGUGAAUAAAAUUUUACUGCUCACUGUCGGCCUGUGGCCCUAUUACCAAUCUAUCUUUACUACGUUUCAGUAUAUUUCGAUCUCUACCAUAUUGACCGCGUUUGUUAUAUUUCAGCUAACAACGUUUUUAACAGUAAACUGUACUAUGGAACUCUUAAUAGAUGUUUUGUCUUCCGCAUCUUUUUGUGUUAUUUCUUCGAUAAAUUAUAACGUAUUUCAUUUUAAAAUCGAAAAUGUAAGUCAAUGACGUGUCUGUUAAACGGGGUAACCCACCCAUCUAUAUUUAAAUCAAAAUAUUCACUUUGAUGUAUACAAAAGUUACUGGAAUGACAGGUGAAGGAUUUACUGAUGCAGUUUCAGCAUGUACAUAAUGAAUUAACGGAUAAAACUGAAAUCGCUAUCAUAAAAAAAUAUGACUACAUAGCGAAAUGUUAUACAGUUACACUCAUGAUAUUUGGAAUUUGUGCAAUAUUUGCUUUUAUGGCAUUUCAAUUUUGGAUAAAUAUGAUCAAUUUUGCUUUACCAGCGAACGUAUCUCGAUCAUAUAAUUUUCUCAUUAUGAUGGAGUAUUUCAUCGAUCAGGAUACAUAUUUUUACUUGAUUAUAUUGCACACCACCUUAGCUACUUGCAUUGGGACAAUUUCAGGGGUAGCAUGUAGUACACUGUUCCUUACAUUCGUUCAACAUAGCUGUGGAAUGCUCAAAAUUGCUAGUUAUCGAAUUGAGCAUGCUAUAAAUAUGAACAUUAAACGAAAUGUAAUGCCAGAGAAUGAGAUUUUGAUGACCAAAGGUAUAAGUUAUGCUGUUGACAUUCAUCGGCAAGCUCUGAAACUGAACAAACACUUACUGUCAAUAGUGGAGACAAUGUUGUUGUCUUUCUUACUGUUUCUUGUGCUUUGUUUGAGCCUGAACCUAUUUCGACUAAUGAUAUGUAAAAACAUUAAAUACAUUGUUGUACCACUUGGAUGUGUGGGAGUGUGUACCAUAUAUAUGUUCUUCUUCAAUCUUCUGGGGCAAAUUGUAACUGACCACAAUAAUGAUGUGUUUAUUACUACAUAUAACGUCUACUGGUAUAGAACUCCGUGUCAUAUACAGAGAAUGAUAUUAUUCCUGUUGCAAAAAGGAAUAAAAGAAUUUCAUUUUAAUAUCGGUGGAAUAUUUGAUAUCUCUAUUGAGGGUUUCACAACGCUGGUCAAGACCUCGGUAUCUUAUUUUACAGUCAUAAGUUCUAUACAGUAAUAAAAGAAAGACGAUUUUAAUCAAAACAUCGUAGUAAUGAUAUUAAGCUUAUUUAUAACAGUAUGUUGUCUUACAAUUAGAAAGUAUAGACUUCUAUUUGUAUAUGUAUGUCAGAGAGCAAGCUGAGAGCGGCCUCGCUGGCAUUUUACUUGAUACCGUUUCAGGAAAUUGAUGCGCGCGUCUUUAAGCCCAUUUUUACUUUUGGAACUAUUUUAUUGCGCAUUUUCUAACCCUACCGAUAAAAUUGCCACUUGGUGCAUGGCUGUCCUUAUAGAAAUGUAAGCAAAAUUAUUACUCGAAAAUUCCUUUGUGUCAGUGAUUUGAAAUAAUUCAAUUACUGUACUCUAGCAGUUGCUUACAACUGUUUUCGAUCCCAGUUGUUAUAUUUCUGUAAGGGUGGGCUAUGUUUUCUGAAAUCCAAUUUAUGUAAUUUACAUUGUUUACUUGAGCAUAGUUGAUGUAAAUAUCAUGUAGAUAAUGUAUGUUAAUGUGAUUUUGAAAUUUACAGCACAAUUCUGAAAAAUAGGCGUAGCACGGACACGCACAGAAUGGAGGUUUCAUCGGCAGCGUUAAAAAAUAAGUAGCAAAAUAGUGCCAAAAGUAAAAAUGGGCGUAAAGGCGCGCAAAACAGUUUGGUGAAUACCUAGGUAUCGAGUAAAACGCCGACGUGAACGCUCUUAGGUUUCUCUAUGGCGUAUAGACGAUAAUUAGAUGUAUCGUAGCUACAGAAAAGCAGUUCUGAAGUUAUUAAAAUCAACGAAUUAAUGCUUCAGAUUUUCGCAAUAUCUAAAUUGGACAUUUAUAAAUAUAUUGACUGUAAUUCAAAUAUAAACAGUAUCUAAGUGUUAAUACAUGUUUUAGUACUUUCAAGUAAUAAAUUCUUUACGCAUGUGUACGUGUUCGAUAUUUCACAUACCUAUUAAUAUUGGAAAAUGAUUACC